GGUUUUUUAAACAUUCAAACGGAAGAUAUUUUAUAAUUUAAUUUGUGUAUAAUAAAAACAUGCUGUACUUAAUAGGCUUAGGUUUAGGAGAUGUGAAAGAUAUCACUGUCAAAGGCCUAGAAGUGCUUAAAAAAUCAAAAACUGUAUAUUUAGAAGCUUAUACUUCUAUAUUAACUGUUGGCAAAGAAGCAUUAGAAGAAUUUUAUGAACGGGAAGUAAUUCUUGCUGAUCGAGAAAUGGUUGAACAGGAUUCAAAUUCUAUUCUUGAAGAUGCUGUUGAAAAUGAUGUUGCAUUUUUAGUUGUUGGCGAUCCUUUUGGAGCUACUACUCAUACAGACAUUGUUUUGAGAGCUCUUCAAAAAGGAAUACCUUAUAAAGUCAUUCACAAUGCAUCCAUUUUAAAUGCCAUUGGAUGUUGUGGUCUUCAGCUUUAUAGAUUUGGUGAAACUGUUUCAAUUGUAUUUUGGACUUCAGACUGGAAACCUGAAAGUUUUUAUGACAAAAUAGAAACAAACAGAAGAAAAGGCCUACAUACAUUGUGCUUACUAGAUCUGAAAAUUAAAGAACAGUCAGUUGAGAAUUUGAUAAAGGGUAAAAAAAUUUUUGAACCUCCUCGUUUUAUGACAGCAUCCUGUGCUGCUCAGCAAUUAUUGGAAAUUAUAGCUAAGAAACAAUCUGAAGGUACAGAUUUAGCAUAUACAGAAAACACAGUUUGUGUUGGCUUGGCAAGAAUAGGAUCAGAUAGCGAAACAAUUAUUGCUGCUCCAUUGAAAAGAAUAGCUACAUAUGAUCUAGGGAAACCUCUGCAGUCAUUAAUAAUAUGCGGAGAUCUACAUCCUGUAGAAUUGGACAUGCUAAGCUAUUUUGCUGAAGAUAAAUCAUGGUUUAAUGAAAUGAGACAUUCUCUAAAUCCUGAUGUAUAGUCAUUUUACUGUGUCAUGUAUAUUGAUUUUAAGUAAUAAAAUUUUAUGCUGUUAUACAGUAA